UGAGAAAAGCAACAGGUCUCCAAUUAUAUCUGAAAAAUGCAGCUGUGCUCUAUAUCGCUAUUAGUACUCCUGCUGCACUGCGUCAACGCCAUCUUUGAGCCAAAGAUCAGCUCCACCCAGUUCAGCGGUGCCCCAGAGCUCGUCUACUUUGAGGAUACGGAUAACGUCUUGUACCUGGACCAGUCUGCCGGUGAUGUCUACCUGUCCAAGGAUGGCGGAGCAAAGUUCUCGAAGGUUGACUUCGAAGGUGUGAAGAUCAAGUACCUCAUCGAGCACCCAUAUAAGCAUGGCUUCGCCUAUGCGAUCUCAGAUGAUACAACACAUUUCAAGACUGUGUCCCAAGGUGUCACAUGGAAGAAGUUCACGACUCCUCAUAAGCCAGCCACCGACUCUGUUGAGUCGUUGGGCUCCAAACACUCUCCAAUCAUUUUCCAUGGUAAACGGAGUGAUUAUGCGCUCUUUGCCGGCGCUUGUGCCUCUGGUUCUGAGAUUUGUCAAAGACAAUACUACUACACCAGAGAUAACUUUGAUGAGAUGAGAAUUAUGACCACUGCUUAUUCAUGUAUCUUUUCAGAUGCCACGCCAUUCACAGAGGCCAAGGAUACAAACACAGUGACAUGUAUCAUACCAGGGGAAGGUGCUUCUGUUACGAACGUUCUAGCGAAAUCUGAUGACUGGUUUGCUUCUAAACAGUACCUCACUUAUCAAGGUGGGAUGAUCACCGAUGUGUCCAAACUCGGUGCAGGCUCUCAUUCUCUCGUCGCACUGGGAGCCCAUCUCAGCGAUUCUGAAUCAACAUAUGUGUAUGUCUCAUACGAUGGAAGCAAUUGGCAAAGAGUGGAGUUCCCAGCGGGGACUCCACUGUCUGGAACCUUCUCAGUGGUUGAAGGCACCCAGUAUUCGAUCUUUGUCGACGUGAAAUAUGCAAACACUGAUAAGGUUGGCCAGCUAUUCUUCUCCUCUGGACUCAACGGCUCCUACUUUGUCCAAUCUCUGGAAUUCACCCAUAGAGACGCCCAAGGUGUUGUCGAUUACGAACUUGUUGAGUCCAUCGACGGUAUUGUCUUAGCCAACACCGUAUCCAACGGUAAAGACGUCAUCAACAAUAACUCAAACCCAGUGGUGAAGUCCAAAAUCUCCUUUGAUCAAGGUGUUUCUUGGUCAAACAUGCAAGUCACAGAUGGUAACUGUGUUGGCUCCUGUGAUCUUCAUCUCCACUCUCUUGUCCAUAGAGCCUCAGUUGAUCCAAACGCACCUGGUAAAUACUUCUCAUCCCCAGCCCCAGGAAUCUUGCUCGGUGUUGGUAACACUGGAGAUUCGUUGAAAUCAUACGAAGAAGGUGAUACUUUCAUCUCCUUGGAUGCUGGUAAAUCAUGGUCAAGAACGUUGGUUGGAGCUCAUUUGUUCGAAUUCGGUGAUCAAGGUUCUAUUAUUGUAGCUGUUGAAGACGGGUCUGACACCAAUGUCAUCAAGUACUCGUCCAACAUGGGUCAAACUUGGCAACAGGUUGGUCUCGGUGCUACAGUCAAGGCUAAGACUUUGACUACAACUCCAGAUUCUACAACCUCCAAAUUCUUGCUUGUUGGCUCUGUCAAUGGUCAAUACAACACCUACUCUUUAGACUUCAGUGAUCUUUACAGCAGAAAGUGUGAAGAUGGUGAUUUCGAGGACUGGUACGUUAAGUCGCUCAACUCCAACGAGCCAAUGUGUAUCCUUGGGCAUCAACAGAAGUUCAAGAGAAGAGUCCGUAACGCUAACUGUAAAGUUGCAAACAACUUCAAGGAACCAGUUGCAGUGGAAGAUGCUUGUCCUUGUACACAGAGUGAUUUCGUCUGUGCAGUUAACUUCAAGAGAGACUCCAAUGGUAACUGUAUCCCUGCAACCAAUGCUGCCAAUGACCAAAGUGCAAAGGAUGCGCAGUGUAUCAAUAAUGCUCAGUACUACACACCUUUUGCUGCUUAUUCUAAGAGACCAGGAUCUGUCUGUUCCACAUCCACGGGUAUCGACUUGUCUAGAACUAAUCAAAAGGUUUGUCCAAACUAUCAAGAAGAGUCGGGAUCAGGAGGACACAAGACUAUUGAUUACGAUGAGGAUGAUAGACCAGAUGAAACUGAGCCGGAUACCAAUCCAGGUGAGAGUGAAGGUGAUAAGCAAAAGUCUAACGAAGGUGUCAAUGAUGGGCGUGUCAAGACAUCCUCGUUUGCUUUCUCUGGUAAGAUUAGAAAAUACGUUUAUUUGGAACGUGUUCCCGGUUCUAACCUCAGAGAUGAAACCAUUGUCCUCGUCACUGAACACAAUGUCGCUUAUGUUACUCAUGAUCAAGGUUCUUCUUGGGAAGAAAUUGCACCAGGUGAGGAGAUUCUUGACAUAUUUGUCAAUCCACACAACACGGAUCACGUCUACUUGCUUUCUGUAAACCACAAGAUCAUCUACUCCACCGACCGUGCUGAUAACUGGAAGUUCUUCAGAACUCCAGCAAACUACAUUCCAGGUGUUACUCCUUUGCAAUUCCACCCUAAGCAUUCUAACUGGUUUAUCUAUAUUGGUCAGCAAGGUUGUGACUCUGAUUCUCUGACAGGAACUUGCAGAACUGUGACCUACUAUACCUUGUCUUACGGUAAGAGAUUCAAAAAGAUGAAAGAACAGGUGAACACAUGUCAAUUUAUUGGUCAUUUGCUUGAGCCAACUGAUGAGAAUCUCAUCAUCUGUGUCAGAGAGGAUAACGAGCACACCACUCACUCUGCUGAAAUGCUCGUCUCCACGGAUUUCUUCCAAACAUCAAAUACUCCAUUGAAGGAUGUUAUAGGAUUUGUUCAGGAAGAUGAUUACUUGGUUGCUGCAACUGCCGAGGCCGAUGGCUCUUUGAAGGCACAUGUGUCUGUGAAUGGUAGAGACUGGACUGACGCAUUGUUCCCAGCAAAUAUCCGUGUUGACAAGCAACAGGCGUACACUGUCUUGUCAGCCAUGUCUCAGGCUAUCUUCCUUCAUGUUACAACAAACCAACGUUCCGGUACCGAGUAUGGUCACUUAUUAAAGUCCAAUUCUAACGGUACCUCUUAUGUCAUGUCCAAUGAAUACGUUAACAGAGACGUGUAUGGUUACGUUGAUUUCGAACAAUUGGAGAAUUUGGAAGGUGUUGCUGUGAUCAACACGGUUGCAAACCCAAUUGAAGCUAAGCGUGGUGCCAAAAAACAAUUGAAGACCAAGAUCACACAUAACGAUGGUGCUGACUGGGACUUCAUGCAACCUCCAUCUGUUGACUCAAAUGGAAAAAAGUACGAUUGUUCUGGUAAGUCUAUCAACGACUGUUCCUUGCAUUUGCACGGUUACACCGAGAGAGCUGAUUACAGAGACACAUUCUCCUCUGGUUCUGCUGUGGGUAUGAUGAUUGGUGUUGGUAACGUUGGUGACAAACUUGGUCUCUACUUGGACGGUAACACUUUCAUGACAAGAGAUGGUGGUAAUACAUGGAAAGAAAUCAAAAAGGGGGUGUACCAGUGGGAGUAUGGUGAUCAGGGUUCGAUUAUUGUUCUCGUUAAUGCUGAGGACUCAACUAAUACACUUGCUUACUCUCUUGACGAAGGUGCUACAUGGAACGACUACCAAUUCACUGAGCACAAAGUAAAGGUUCAAGAUAUCUCGACUGUCCCAUCUGAUGAUUCCAGAAAGUUCCUUCUCUUCACCAGACUACCAUCCAAUCUGGGUGACAAGUCUACUGUUUACCAAAUUGACUUUUCACAACUCUUUAAGAGAAAGUGUAACUUGGACCUCGCUAACCCAGAUGAUGAUGAUUUCGACCUCUGGACUCCAAAGCAUCCACAUCAAGCUGACGACUGUUUGUUUGGCCAUGUGUCCCAGUACUACAGAAAGAUUCCAGGAAAAGAGUGUUACAUUGGUGAGAAGCUUGAUAAGCCAUAUGAGGUUGUUCGUGAAUGUGCUUGUACGAGACAGGACUAUGAGUGUGACUUCAACUACUUCCGUGACCGUAACGGUGAAUGUAGACUGGUUCCUGGUUACACUCCACCAGACCAUUCAACUGUUUGUCAAGAGCUUGGUGUUGAUGAGUACUGGCUUCCAACAGGCUACAGAAGAAUUCCAUUGACCAAGUGUAAAGGUGGUCAUGAGUUUGACAAGAUUGAGCCAGUUGCAUGUCCAGGUAAGGAGGAAGAAUUCAAGCGUAAGCACAAAGGCCUCACUGGUCUUUCUUUGGCAUUGGUUAUUGUCAUCCCAAUCAUUGGUGUUGCUGUCGUUUUGUACGUCAUAUACCACCACUACGUUGGUAGAUACGGUCAAAUCAAGCUUGGUGAAGAUCAAGAGUACGAGUUCGACAACUCUUCAUUCCUUAACAAGGUUUCUUCCAUGGUUGGUUUUGCUGUCGUCGCAUCAGUGCAAUUGAUUGAGCAAAUCGGAAGCCCUGUUAUAAAUGGUAUCACAGGCAUCUUCCAGCUCAUUAAGGAGAGGGUCUCUGGAAGAUCUGUGUCGUUGGAUUCUACUACGCUAGAUACAGGCUCAUACGAUGAUCUCGGAAGAGAACCAGCUCAACACACAGACGUUGAAGACGCUGACCUGCUAGACGAUGGUGACCUCACAGAAGCUGAAGAUGAGCGUCUCUGAGUGGGUUGUGUAUAUAAAUAUGUAUGUAUCA